AACCAAGAUAUUGCCUGAUAAAUAUUGAAUAUUGUUUGCUUACAUGUACUAUUAGGUGCAAUAUUAUGACAUGUUGUUAAGGUUAGACGUUUAUUUUAAAACGCAAGCAUAUAUUGUUAUUAUUUAUUUUAUCCAUAGAUAAAACAUAAGUUUUAUUAUUAAUAAGGAUAGCUAGUGGGCAGCUUUAGAACGUUGCGUAUGUGGGUUCUCCGGCUGAUGAGCUAUACUUGGGCAGUGAAAAGUAGUUGGGUAUAUUUACCCUUUUUUGUUAUAUUUUUCGCUAAUAGUGGUUAAAAGGAAAAUUCAUUACAAUGCCUAAGGGAGGUAGAAAGGGGGGUCACAAGGGACGGAUGAGGACAUACACAAGCCCGGAAGAGAUAGAUGCACAAAUGAAAGCCGAGAAAGAACGAAAGAAGGAGGAAGAGGAAGGGGCCGCAUUGAACGAUAGUCAGGUUGAGGAGAAAAUUGAGGAGGCCAAAUCCGACUCCGAAGACAGCGAUGAGGACAGCUCUCAGAAGAGAAAAGGUGUGGAGGGAUUGAUAGACAUUGAGAACCCAAAUCGAGUUGUGCAGAAAACAAAGAAAGUGACGGAAUUAGAAUUGGAGGGACCCCAACCGCUUUCCAGGAGAGAAAGAGAAGAAAUUGAAAAGCAGAAGGCCAAAGAGAGAUACAUGAAAAUGCAUUUAGCUGGGAAAACAGAUCAGGCCAAAGCAGACCUUGCACGAUUAGCAAUAAUCAAAAAACAGCGGGAGGAUGCAGCCCGGAAAAAGGAGGAAGAGAGGAAAGCGAAAGAGGCCGCAGCAGCAGCAGCAAAAGGACUCCACACGCUGUCUCUGAAAUGAUGAAUAAUUUAUUGGGAGACGUGUAUUCCCGGACAUAUGGACUAAUGCGAAAUGAAUUUGUUCACCUUACUAUUUUUAAAAAGAGAUAAUUUAUGAAGGUUUCACUUGUAUUAUAAUUUAUGUUCAUUUGGACAUGGGAGAAAUAUUGAGCAGUGUGAAUUUAAAAGAUUCAAAAGGCAGUCAUUCUCUCUUCCAGGACAGUGCCUUGAAGGGGCCUUUGAGAUCUGCUAAAGUAGUUUUCCAUGAAUAAUGCCCCAUUCUCCUCCUGUAAAUACUAAUGCACAUAUAUUUCUUAAUAUAUCAGUGUUCUAUAUUUACAUUAUUUUCUUUUGAGGUCAUCCUGAGAAAGUGACAACAUUUUUAAAUUUUGCACGUUACAUUUGUCAUAUCACAAAAGUGCUGGCGUGCAGUACAAAAAGAUAAUUUGUAUUCUUUUGUGUUAUGCCAUUUGCUCAUGAUGAAGGAACUCAAAAUCCUUUUCUUUACUUCUCCAAAUUCACAGCCAUGUGAUAUUCCUGUUGAAUAAAUUGGGGAAUGUGAGUGUA